AUCUGACGGGUCGCUGUGCCUGAGACCGCCUCUACGUCUGUCGUCGCCUGGAAAGUUUGCGCAACCCUCAACACUCUAAGAGGACCUAAAAAGGGGACGCGGGCGAAGCUACGUGCAUGGUGCGAUCAUGGUCGAUCGCAGCGCUCAACCUUUUCCCCAAGUUGAUUCGUUUCUUCCAGGUACGAAAUGGGACGACACCUGGUGGCUUUGGCGCUCGAGAAGAAAGUCGAAACGGGGCCAGGAACCACGGCGAUAGAGAUCCCCCAUUGGCUGCAUGUUUCGACUCUCCAGUUUCAGAUAUACGCACCGAAGGAGGCUCGGACGACAAUCAUCACAGCCAUGGCUCGCAAACAGGUCCAUCGAGAGCGAAGGCGCGCGCAUCUGCUCAGGGGAAACAACUCAAUUCAUCCUGCCGAACUUCGCAUCGGCUCACUCAUCCAACAGAGUACAACAUCUCAGCACCACCGCUGCUAAAGUUGGCCUGUGAACUUCCCUUGUGCCGCCGUCAUACUCUGACUCUUUUUUUGCUCUGCUUUUAUUUUCGUCUGCACUCGCAGCAGGCAAAGCAAGUCGUUACGCCGCAGCAUGAUCUUGAAGCUAGGCGUGGGGCUGGAUGCAGGCAACCUUCGCGAUGCACAUCUUCUCGAGUCCUUCUGUUGUAAUGUCACAAAUAUAUUUGAUCAUUAUUACUGAUCGUCUGGUUGUGGACACCCUCAUGCGGUGAGAUUUCAGAUGCAUUGCUUCUGAGGCUGUUGCAUUGAGGUUCAUCUCGUUCUCUCGUCUGUGCGGCGAUGAAAAUGCUGAAAAUCAGACGACGGAGCAUACCAGAAUACAGUUCCUUUUGUGGGGAAAUCAAUGCGAACUACCAUGAAUGUCCCAAAUGCUC